AUGUCGUCGUCGCAGACCAUGACAGCGUCUGCGGUGGGCCAUCGUCCUCCGGAUGCUGCGCCAAACAUGUCGUCCGUGUACGACUACCCUCGCUCCCAGCAGCAACCUGGCGACCAACCGCACCCCUCCCCGCCCAGCGACUCCGCAAUCCGCCCUCUGCACGAUUCUGCCCCCGACUCUCCUCCCAAUGGCCUGCCCUCCCUGCCUUCCACCACCCCUCUUGUCAAGUCCGAACCCGGCGACCACGAUUCCCCCCAUUCCCUGCCCGCCGCUCCAGACUCCCAGUCCGAUUUCCGCCGCCAAUCUGCCGCCAGUGCUCUGCUGGCCCAACUGCUCGGAAACCAGUCCUCGGCCGACGGUCUUGGACCCGAGGAUCAUCCAAUGCCGCAAGCUCAUGACGGGACGGAUCAUCCCCAAAACAACGGUCACGAUAUGAAGGGCCAAUGGCACAUCGAUUCGACGUCAGUAUCCCCGGCGAUACCUGCGGAUUCGACCAACGGAGGCUUGGAUCAAUUUCCGCCGGGAUCGACUGAACCGCUGGCUCUUCACCAGCAAGAUGAGAAAAACUCCGAUCAACAUCCCGUCUUGUCUUUUUCGCACCCAGAUCACGAUGAGGGUAUGGCAAUAAGGGAGACCGAUGCUGUUGAAGGCCUGACAGACCCAUUAUUGUUCGCGAAAUCGAGUCUAGACCACUCGGACCUCUUCUCCCCCUUCGAUAUCACGGCGGCUCCCAAGACCCCGUUCGAGGCAUUACAACAAAAUGAGAUGCUCACCGCGGCUUAUCUGUCGCAAGGCGCCGAUUUAUCCGCCCUUGGAUAUACUGGUGGACAUUUAUCUCACGAUAUCGCCGGCUCGGUCGCUGGGUCUGAGCCCCGGAUCCAGGCAUUUGCGAAAUUGGAAUUCGAUGACGGUCACUUCUAUUGCAAUACAUAUUCUUUUAUCCUUGGGCGUGAUGUACGAGCUGCCCGGGCCGCGCAUCAACGCGAAGUACAAGUCCGUCAGGCAAUAAGGACGUCCCGGGCCAAGAGUUCGAGCGGUGGCAACACAUCACAUACACCCAACCGCGUAAAACACGAGGGCAGCGGGAUUCUAGGGAGCGUCGUCAGUGAUCGCGGUGGCAUUAUGGGGUUUGAUCCGGAUAUCCCGCCACAUCUGCCACAUCAUCUCAGUCGUCGCUCGUCCGUCUCGUCCCAUGCUGAGUCAGGUGCUCCGCUGCAUGCGACCCCAGCCCAAUUACAAUCGACCACCGACUACAAUGCACUUGCGAUGCAGUCUUUGAAUGAAGGGAAUGGAGAUGCAAAGCCAGUCGAUGCUUUGGCCUUGCUUCCUUCACCCGAUGCGUGUCCGACCAUCCCAAUUCACCCCCCUGCGACGGUUGACGGGAGUGCCGCGGGACACCGAGGGAUUUCUCGAAAACAUGUCAAGAUCGCGUACAAUUUUGAUCGCAAUCUGUUCGAAAUGGAAGUAAUGGGACGGAACGGCGCCUUUAUCGGGGCAGACUGGCUAUCGCCAGGUCAAGUAAGACCUUUGCACAGUGGCGAUUAUAUUCAGAUUGGAGGCGUCCGCAUCCGCUUCCUGCUUCCCGACGUGCCAAUUGGAGAAACCGGUGCGGAUAGAGAGGAGGAGCCGUAUGCUGCCGAAGAAGAGAAGACGCAGGCUUCCACGACCGCCGAGAAUGAGACGGCGGUUCAAAAACGCGGGCCUGAUAGUUCGGAGAACAAGGAGGCCCCGAAGACCACGAAGAUCAUUCUGAAGACCCGGGAACCGGAAUCGGCGCGGCCGGUGCAAUCCGUUGAAGGAUCCGGGGACAUCACUCAGCAGCCUGUUCGACGUCGUGGCCCUGGACGGCCCCCGAAGGACGGCAUCAUGUCCAAACGCGAACGAGCCGAAUUGGCCAGAGAACAGAAGUUGGCUGCGAAGCGCGAGGCGAAUGGGGGCGUCACUCCUCCGCCUGUGAACCGAUCCAAGGCCGGAAAGGCUCCGGCACCAACUGCGACUGCAACGACACCCAAAGACUCCAUGGGCGGCGAGUCUCCUGGGUCCAAGCCCGAGAAGCGCAAGUACACCAAGAGGAAGAAGCCCGAUGGCACGCCGAUGGACUUUCCACUGCCAUCCACGGAAGGCGGCCAGUUUCCCAUGGAACACCGUCCGGAGGAGUUUAUCAAGGCACCUCCAGUCAAGAAGCGCAAGCCGUCACGCUCGCCAUCACCGAACUAUCCGCCCGAGUCUGCGUACACGCCGGAGGAUCUGGCCAAACCGCCGUACAACUAUGCUGUCCUCAUCUUCGAUGCUCUCACAGAGGCUGGCACUCCGAUGACGCUCAAGCAAAUCUACCGCGCGCUGAAGUUGAAAUACCCGUAUUUCCGAUUCAAGUGCGAAACGGAAGGCUGGACAUCCAGUGUGCGACACAACCUCAAUGGCAACAGCCAUCUGUUCAUGCAUGCCGAGCGUGAUGGUAAAGGAUGGUCGUGGCAGCUGCGCCCCGGGGCAUCGGUCGAGAAGGAGAAGAAGCGACGGCCUUCGCCUCCUCCGCCAGCAUCGCAGCCCCCGUCUGCCCCGGCCGCUACUCCACAGUACAUGCCUCAGCUGAAUCCAACGUACGGCAGUCAGAAUGGACAGCCUGGCAUGGCCAACCCGCACUUCCAAUUCCCGUCAAUGCCGGCCAAUCCUUAUGCAGCGCCUCCCCCAGUCCCUACCCCCAAUCCUCCUCCUGCGCCUCACCAUACGAGCCCCUAUCCACCUCCUACUCAAGCCGCCGCCUCUACCCCCUUCCCGAUACCCAGUCCGCUCCGAAACAACCUCCCACCUGCGUUUGCACAAACUACACCCUCGACCUAUACCUCGCCUUAUGCCUCGGAUCCGCCACCGCAGCUGGUUCAGCUGCAGCAGUCACAACAGACGCAGACGAUGCCACCCCAACCGCAGCACCAGUCUCCCUAUCCUCCACCCAAUCCACCGUCUAUGCCCCAUAUAAAUGCACCGCAUCAAGGUCAUCCUCCACCGCCGCCACCGGGUCCUCCUAUGCAGCACCCGCCCAAUAUGGGCAUCGGCCACGAUCCUGGGCCAAGUCCCAUGGACAAUUCGGAGGCGUCGUCGUUCAAUGAGCGAGCCAACAAGGCCAUUGACGACUUCGAAGCGGUGCUGAUGGAAGACUAUGAGGACAAGAACUACAUCCGGGAAGUGCUCAAGAGUGCCCGCGCUCGUGUUCUGGGCAAUGCCACGGACAGUUCGUUCCCCGGUGGUGAGCCAAAGGACGAGGCGGUCAUUCUGGAUGCGCUCCGCAACCUGAUUGGGAGUCUGAAGGACGAAUAG